UUAUUCUGAAGGUUGGAAAGACCACAUACAGCACUGGAUCUGAACAAUGAUAGAUACUCGAGUACUAGCACAAUUGAACCUGUAAUCAAGAAGAACAAGACUCUGUUCAUAAUGGGAGCAACAUGCACAGGAAAAUCAAAGCUCUCAGUUGACAUAGCCACUCAUUUCCAAGCAGAAAUUAUCAAUUCAGACAAAAUGCAAUUUUACAAAGGCCUAGACAUUGUAACAAACAAACUUGCUGAAUCUGAGCGCAAUGGCAUUCCUCACCAUCUUUUAGGUUUCGUUGAAGAUCCUGAAGCAGAUUUCACUGCACAAGAUUUCUCUAAUCACGUAAACUCGACAAUAACUCAAAUAAUCAACAAUGGAAGCCUACCCAUUAUAGUGGGAGGCUCAAACAACUACAUUAAACAGCUAGUAGAAAGCCCAUCAUCAAAUUUCAAAGAAAAGUUCGAUUCUUGCUUUAUCUGGUUGGAUGUUGCUGUACCUGUACUGUACGAGCAUGCAGCAAAACGGGUCGAUCUUAUGGUGCAAUCAGGUUUAGUUGAAGAGGUUCGCAGUAUGGUGGAACCAGGCUCCGAUUACAGUCGUGGAGUUUGGCGAGCAAUUGGAGUUCCAGAAAUGGAUCAGUUUCUUUAUGCAGAAAAAUAUAAUGCUGAUGAAAGGAUGAAGAAAAUAUUCCUGGACUUAGCCAUUGAUAGAAUUAAAGAGAAUACUUGCAGAUUAGUGGAUUCACAGUUACGAAAGAUUCAUGACAUGAUAUAUGAAUUAGGUUGGGAACUGCAUAGAAUUGAUGCUACUUCUGUUAGGGAGAAAGAUGGAGAAGAGGCAGUUGAAGCAUGGAAUAAGGAGGUUUUGGAACCUAGCUUGGAGAUUGUUAGGGAUUUUCUUCAAGGCUAACAAAAAGUAAAAUUCUACGAGUUUUAUUAAGAGAGUGUUGGAUUCUUCUAAAUGGAGAAAAUCCUGGGAGCGCUUUUUCUUACUGAGUCUGACCCGGCGCCAGUAGAAUUAGACUUAAUAAAAUAAGAUAAGAGAUACCUGCAAUUUAAAAAAACAAAGAAGAAGAAGAAGAAGAAGUAAAAUUCUACCUGUUUUAUAGAUGUUUCCUUAUAAAAUUCGACAAAUCAGGGAUGCUAUAUAUAUAGAAUAAAUGACUG